AUGUGGAUUUCUGGAGAUGAUCAUAGCCAUGAUCAACCCGGUGCGCCCCUGGGCCGCGUGAGCACCAUUUCGGAGGUUGUACCCAUGGAUGGAGCCAAUCUGGCUACCUCUGCAGCUACACCUAAUGUUGGUAACCUCAGUGUUACCAAGUCCUCUCGCGUUCACAUUGGUCCGAAGUUUGUUUCUGUAACGCAAAAUCUACAAAACACAGAGGUGGUUAAAGGCCGGUUCCUGGGCCUAGAACUGGUGUCGUCAAAGCGUGCUAGAAGGCUGCGUUGUAGCGUGGCUGUCUUCGUGUGUUGGGCCUUGCUAGUAGCCUGUGGUCUCGCCAUCUACCUCAUUUGCGUCGCCUUGCCAAGGCAACAGACUCGUCUAAACAUAGAUAUGCCCUUUCCUGUGUACGUGUGGUAUAUUGUGAAGAACAGUUCCCGAGCCGAGAAACUCUCCUGCCUUGUUGCCCUCCUGGUACUGAUCACAUGUGUUACACUGAUUGUAUUCUUUGCGGUACAAGCCACAAAUAACCCGGAGGACUAUAUAGACGUUGCUCCACAUGAAUGGAACAUAUCACGUCAGAUGUGGUUGGCGCAAAAUUUUACUAGCAGCUCCACAACCGAGCGCUUUGAUCCUGUGCGUCUAGUCAUAAUCCAGCACACCGUCAGUCCUGAAUGCUCGCGGUUCGUUCUUUGUGCGGCAGAAUUACGCAACAUGCAGUCUUGGUUUAUAAAGUACUACAACUAUGACAUUCCCUACAACUUCAUAAUUGGUAACGAUGGACGAGUGUACGAGGGACGAGGAUGGGGAAUAGAAGGAGCGCAUACCUUUACUUACAAUCGUUGCUCUUUGGGCAUCGGUUUUAUUGGGGACUAUCGUGAAGAAUUGACAGUACAUUCUCGCGUAACGGAACUACAAAUCAAGAGAGCUAAGAUGCUCCUUGAAGAAGGUGUCAAACGUGGUUUCCUGGACACGGACUAUUCUGUACUUGGCGCCAAGGAUUUAAAUGGAUCGGCUAGUCCUGGAUCAAACCUAUACAACGCCAUCCGGCAAUGGGAACAUUAUGACCACAUCAAUAAAUGGCGAAAUAAAACCUGUGAAAAAAUGUACGGAUUUGUGCCAAUUUCUUAA